AUGCACACCAGCCUGAUCUCCACCGUUGCCGUCCUGGCCCUCGGCGUGAGCGGCGCCAGCGCCUACUACACCAAAGUCGACCGGGUCGACGACGGGGUCAUGACGACCCAGAAGAUGCGGGACUCGGGCUACGAGCUCAAGGACUGGUGGAACCUCGUCGACUCGGCGAUGGAGAGCAUCUGCGACAGCAACGGGUGCUACGGGUCCAUCGAGAAGUGCGACAACGCCUUCUGCAUCAACAUUGACGGCGACAACGGCACCAAGGACCCCGGAAACAUCCAGAAGGUCGUCGGCGACUUCAUCAAGGAGAUGAUGGAGACCGAGUCCAUCGUCGACGACGGGUGCACGGCCACGGGCUGCGCGUUCGCCGACGCCACGCGCUACACGAUCCCCGCGCACAUCUCGCUCGCACGGUUCAUCAGCACGGGGCCGGAGAAGGACAUGCAGCAGGGCUUGUACAAGAUCACCAUCACCGGUGCCGACGACACGGGCGCCUGCGAGGAUGUCUUUGAUGCGGUCAGCUCGGUCGCAGGCCUGCUGUCGGCGGGCUCGCUUCUCGGGGCUGUCAAGAUUUUCGCCUGCUGA